CAGCGCGGGAGGAUGGGCUGCGGCGGGAGCCGGGCGGAUGCCAUCGAGCCCCGCUACUAUGAGAGCUGGACUCGCGAGACGGAGUCCACAUGGCUCACGUACACCGACUCGGACGCGUCGCCCAGCAAUGCCACCCCGGACAGCGGCCCCGAGGCGGGCGGCCUGCACGCAGGUGGGCUGGACGAUGGCGUGUCCUCCAACAGUGUGCCCCGAUCGACAGCCCCAAGUGGAAUAUCCAACCCAGAAAAGAAGAUGAGCUGUGGGACGCAGUGCCCAAAUCCCCAGGGCCUCAGCUCAGGCCCCCUGACCCAGAAACAGAAUGGCCUCCGGACCACAGAGGCUAAAAGAGACGCUAAGCGGACGUCUGGAAAAGAAGUCACCAUUAACGUCGCAGACAGCAUCCGACAGGUGGACAGAAGUCGAAGAAUCACAAAGAACUGCGUCAACUAGCAGAGCGUUCAGCCAGUUGAAGGGCAGAGGGGCUUCUCUGGUGCCCUUCACAUCCUGGACCCCGUCAUGGAACCUUGAAGACGUGGGUAGCCCUUGCUGUGUGGGAACGCUGCUGAGUGCCUUGGGAGACUGUCUUAGCCUGUUGGGAUGUUCUCAGCCUCCUAUUUAUCACGUAAAUGUAUUGGCAGAGUACUCCCAUAGGGUAAUAAACUGCAAAUGUAUGUUCAGUUUGCCCCUUGCAACUGCUGCAGUGUGGUCUGAUGGAAAAGUGGCGAGCAAAAGCACGGGCCAGUUUAGGAAACGGAAGAGUAGAAGGGGUGGGUUCCUGGCUGAAAGCGUCACAGUCGGUUCUGAGCUCUCCUGGCCAUGCUCCUGUGCACUGUUUCAGACAGGCUUAUUCCUUCAUUCUUCCUUUUUGAUAUACCACCAUCACAAAGCUUACCGUGUUCACUUAAAAGUUGGCUUUCACCCAACUCUAAACCGACAUGUAUGAGGAAUCAAGAAACAGGAAAACUCUCUGUUACUCUUGUUUCCUUAGCUCAGGAUGAGACGGAUUCAGAUCCAAUUUUACACAAACUAACCCCACCAACACCCAUGGUGUGUCCCAGGGAGGGCCUCUGUGAUACAGUCACACCCAUUUCUCUCCCAUCUGCCUUCAGCAUCCCCCCGGGCCAGGGUCCACGUCAGCUUCUGAACCAUAAUAUCAUGGUAGUGGUCACCUCAGAGUCCUCAAGGCUCAGCAGACAUUGCAUUUUUCCAGCUUUCCACUUCCCUUUGCU